AUGUCCCAACAAAUCUUCGAAGACGGCGGCGAACAGGAGCGAGGAGAGCAGGCCAGACUCAGCGCAUUCGUUGGCGCCAUUGCCAUCGGCGACUUGGUGAAGAGCACACUCGGCCCGAAAGGCCAAGACAAAAGUGCUUCGACUGGCGAGAUCAUGGUCACGAACGAUGGCGCGACAAUAUUGAAGAGCGUGGCGCUUGAUAAUGCAGCGGCGAAAGUGUUGGUCAACAUUUCAAAAGUGCAAGAUGACGAGGUGGGCGACGGCACAACGAGUGUUGCAGUGCUGGCAGCAGAGCUUUUACGCGAGGCCGAACAGCUUGUCAACCAAAAGAUCCACCCACAGACCAUCAUUGAGGGAUACAGAAUAGCAAGCGCCGCUGCUCUGGAGGCUUUGGAGGAGACAGCAACGGAUCACAGUUCGAACCCAGAAGCUUUCCGAAAAGACCUCAUCGCGAUCGCACGAACGACUCUCAGCUCGAAAGUCCUCAGCCAAGACCGCGACCAGUUCGCGGAGCUCGCAACGGAUGCUGUCCUGAGAAUGAAGGGCUCAACAGAUCUCACUCACAUCCAAAUCAUCAAGAAAGCAGGCGGCAAGCUAUCAGAUUCCUAUCUCGACCCCGGAUUCAUUCUCGACAAGAAAUUUGGAACUGGUCAGCCGAAGCGCGUAGAAAAUGCGAAGAUUCUUGUUGCCAACACAUCCAUGGACACAGACAAAGUCAAGAUCUUUGGUGCAAGAGUCAAGGUGGAGAGCACAGGCAAGCUGGCUGAGCUGGAAAAGGCAGAGCGCGAGAAGAUGAGGGCGAAAGUGGAAAAGAUCAAAUCACACGGUAUCAAUUGCUUCGUCAACCGACAGCUGAUUUACAACUGGCCCGAGCAACUCUUCACAGACGCCGGCAUUGCAUCAAUAGAGCAUGCCGACUUUGACGGUGUGGAGCGGUUAGCACUCGUCACUGGUGCCGAGAUCACGUCCACUUUCGACCACCCAGAACACGUCAAGCUGGGCCACUGCGAUCUCAUCGAGGAAGUCAUCAUCGGCGAAGACAAUCUUAUCCGCUUUUCUGGUGUGGCUGCUGGACGCGCAUGCACUGUGGUUCUCCGUGGCUCGAGCGAACAGCUCCUGGACGAGGCAGAACGCAGUCUCCAUGACGCUCUCGCAGUCCUGUCACAGACCGUCAAGGCCCCAAAGACAACGCUUGGUGGCGGUUGCGCAGAAAUGGUCAUGGCCAAGGCUGUAGACCAGGCUGCUCAAAACGUGGCCGGCAAGAAGGCUUUAGCUGUCGACUCCUUCGCCAAAGCCCUUCGACAGCUUCCCACCAUUCUCGCCGACAACGCAGGUCUCGACUCUGCUGAUUUGGUGGCACGAUUACGAAAAGCUGUCUACUCUGGAAUGUCUACCAGUGGUUUGGAUCUCAUGAAGCCAGGAGGAGGUAUCGCCGACAUGAGGACAUUGGGUGUGGUGGAGUCAUACAAGCUCAAGCGUGCGGUUGUCAGCAGUGCGAGUGAAGCUGCCGAACUGCUUCUGAGAGUAGACAACAUCAUUCGUGCGGCUCCUCGCAGGCUGACGAGUCAAAAGAAGCCCACAAAGCUCACGAUCCUCCUGCCAGACACAAACCACUCCAUCCAGACCUAUCUGAGGCGAACCAUCGAACUUGCUCGCGAACAUGGCAAGAUCGAGGACGCAAUUCGGCAUUCAUCCCAAAACCCGGUUCCUUAA